UAUGCGAUGUCUGACUGUUUGUGAUGUAUUCCUUUCACGCGGUGACAUAGAUCGCUGUGAUCCAUAUUAUUGUUUGUAAUUAACGGUUUCUGUGAUCGUGUAUUGUAUGGUUUAGUGAACCUGAACCGAACAUGGCGCAGUGGGAAGGUUUCAGCGUCUCGGUGCGUUGCGGGUCGCCGCUGGGCUGCUACCAGGGCACCAUCCUCGCGGCUGAUGGAGCGUCUAUCACGCUUACUAAACCGUUUCGGAACGGAUUCCCUUAUCCUAAGGCUCAGGUUACGUUAAAAGCAUCAGACAUCAAAUCCCUAGAGAUUAUCUCCGGCAAGAAGUCAGGUGGUACAGCACACAGCACAGUCCCAGUCGUAGGCAAGAAGCGAGUGCCACGGGCAACGGUUGGAGAGAGCCUACAAGAACAGGCUCCGGCUCCGGCACCACCACCGCCGGUUGUUAAUAAAGGCAAGCCGGCGAGGAGCAAGCCUAUUGAUAUACAGGCUAAGAAUAAGAACAACACUCAAGCUGGGAGCUAUGGAGCCUGCGGUUCAACGCCGAAGACUCGGAUGGCAGGCGGUGACAAAGCGCGCCGUAAAAACGAAGCGUGCUUCGGCUCCGCUGCCUUGGAGGCUGUCAACAAUGAUUUUGACUUUGAGGGAAACUUAGCACUUUUUGACAAAGAGGCGCUCUGGCAACAAAUGCGCCCCGACGUCGUUCGCGUGGCUGCCGCCCGCGAAGAAAUGGCCGCCGGCGGCAAGCUGCGGCACGACCAGAACGUGCUCCGAACAACCGCACCGGACACCGCGCCUGUCACCAUACCAACGGCAUUAAGAGGCGCUAGAGACUACGUCACUGAUUCCGGGACGAGGUUACCCAGUGUGUCAGCGGCUUUAAGAGGAAGAUUGUGGGCAGGAUUGAGAAGGACGGAUGAUGAGACGCAACAUACAGCGAGGGCGCUGUUCGCGCGUGCGACCGCUGAUGUGGCGUUGAAACUUGUCGGUGGGACUCGCAGACUGGACCCCCGCAACGCGCACCAGCGGCCGCUGGCGGGCGCGGUGCUGGGCGGCGGGCCGGCCGCCGCGGCCGCCGUGGCCGCGGCGCGGCUGCUGCGCGCGCACGGCGUCGACACCUACGUCGUGCCGCUCGACGACACGUGUCCAUUAGUGGCAAGCGCGCUAUCCGCCUACCGCCUGUGCGGGGGCCGCGUGCUGGGGCCCACGGAGCCCCGCCCCGCGGGGGACCUUCUCCUGCUAGCCCUACACGAUCCGGAGACGUCAGUACAGCACCCGAGCACUCCCCUCGCCCUCUCCUGGGCCGCCUCGUCCCGCGGCGCGCUCGUGGUGCUGGAGCCCGGCGCCGACGACUCCGGGCUCUGGGACUCCGUGCUGCUCUCCGCGCGCGCCCUCCUUGUCGCGCUCCUGCCGCCCUCUCUCUCUGCGGUCGCUCCGAGGCUGCUAUUGGCUAAUGUGGCGCCGCCUGCGCAGCUGUUUGGCGCGGUGGGCGUGGCCUAUAGAUCGCCUUUUGGCGCCGCAUCGGUGCUAGCGCUGCAUUUGGCUGAUGAUGAUUGAUAAAUCUACUAUAUCUACUAUAUGGGGCAUUUUCUAUGAAAAGGGACCUUAUUGUCGAUGGCGCUUACGCGGCACAACGUCGCGCGGCAUUGUGUUUGUAUCGGAGCAUGGUUAAUAAUGGCGUAAGCGCCAUCGACGAUAAGGUCCCUUUUUAUAGAAAAUACCACAUAUGUCUUGAAAUACACUCUUUAGCAAUGAAAAAGGGACAUUUAUUGUAGAAUUCGCCUAAAAAGUAAUUAUCUAAACUAAUAAUUCUGUAAACAUAUCGAAAACUGGUCGCUGGCGUACUGAUUCGACACUAAUGCCCUUAAAAUUUGAAUACACUUAAAAGCAAUUAAAGCAGAUUGUUUUGUGUAGAAUUUUCAUACAAAGUGACCUAUUUUAGUUGGUCAUUAUAUGUAUUCUGCUCUGAUAGAAAACAAAGUAAGUAAAUAUUGUUUAUUGCAUCAAUAACUAUACAUUUCACAUAAAAAAUUUAAAGAUAAAUAGAACCAAGUAACAGACAGAAGGUCUUAUCGCUAAAAAGCGAUCUCUUCCAGACAACCUUUGGCUAGCAGGAAAUGUAGAACUCAUACAAAAGUCAACUGGUAGUGCAAGGAGCUAAAUAUGGAGACUAUUAAACACAAACACACAUACUACAUAUACAUAUAAGUAUUAAAACAAAUCCUAACACAGAAAUAAAUAUACAAUACAUAUAUUUAAUAUAUAUUUAUACUUACAUAUAUACAAUAUAUAAAAUGGCAACUUAAGCCUCCGGCAAGCUCGGCCGAAUUUCACCUUCCCAUACAAACAGAGUUCCGUUUUCAUUUUAAAACUACGUUUUGGAUUGUAAUGAAACUUUGCAUACACACAUACAAUGACAUGAGGUAUAUCUAGGUCUGAAAUUAGUUUAUAUAGCUCCAGUUUAUAAAACAAACGAAAUAGAUCAAAAACACGUUUUGUAUGAAAAACGUAAAUUCGCUGUAUUUUUUUAACUAUGGUAUCUGAAGCUACUUAAACUAAUUUCAGACAUAGAUAUACCUUAUCCUAUUGUAAGUACAAAGUUUCAGAGCAAACUAGCUAGUCGUUUACUAAGACUUCACUGUCCGUCUGUCCGUCCGUCUGUCUGUCUGUCACCAGGCUCUAUCUCAUGAACCGUGAUAGCUAGACAGUUGAAAUUUUCACAGAUAAUGUAUUUCUGUUGCCGCUAUAACAACAAAUACUAAAAACAGAACAAAAUAAAUAUUUAAGUGGGGCUCCCAUACAACAAACAUGAUUUUUUUGCCGUUUUUUGCGUAAUGGUACGGAACCCUUCGUGCGCGAGUCCGACUCGCACUUGGCCGGUUUUUGAAAAUGGGGAGUGAUUUAGCUAAUCUUAAUUCUACUGGCAAGGUAUUCCACAACCGAACAGCUCAGAACCUUCUGGGCUAUUUUACCUAAAAGUAUAUAUAAAUUUUGAAGUAUAUGAGGGAGGAGCAAGAGUAUGAGUCUGAGAACAUCUGUGACGUUUUCAACCAAAAGGUACCACAUUGUCGCUUGUUGAUAAGGUUGAUUUCUAAUUGAAGCUAUAUGGAAAUAGCGCCUUACUGACAAGCGACAAUAAGUACCCUUUUGGUUGAAAAUGGCACAUCUGAUAGACAAGAGAUACUUGAAAAGCUCUUUGAGAUAAGUUGAUGU